CCGAUGUUAGAGAUAUUGUAGAUCAAAUUUCUCGAUCAGUCUAUUGUUUCCUUUGACAUUCAGAAUCCAGUGCAAUUUUCAAAGUCUUCUUAAACAUACCUAGUCAGUAAUAAGCAAACAAUAGAAAUGGUAUUCAUUAGUUUGGUACAGGCUGAUAUGUAAAUACGUGAGAGUCUCUCUCUGCGGUCAAACAGCGGCAAGGAUCUAGCUAGUUCUUCUGAUAAAAUUCUCCAUUUAAGCACGUGUCGACGUCAUCGUGGUGUCCUUUUGUUUUAUUUCCUGCAGCACCCAUCCGCCCUAUAUGUGGGACGUUAAUUUUGUUUUUGUCGCAGUUUCUUUACACUAUCAUCGAGGAAGGAUUAUCGUGUAUAACAACCUGCUGACGACACAUUUCAGUGAGCUGUCCGCUAUCAAUUGCAUGGUUGGAUCACGAAACACGCUUUGAAGGAAAUCGCCUACUAAAACGCUUUGGGCCAGGACACAGCUUGCAACUGAAGAAGUUCUGUCCGCAUAAAAACGAAAAUAUUUAAUAUAAGACGUUUCAACUUCGCUCAUAAACGAACGCUUUUAUGAACAUGGAAGACGACAAUUUUUCUCAACCCCAUUUUCCCAACACAUUGAGCAAUCGUUCAACGUUUCAGAUAGUGGUGGAUGUUGCACCUCUCUUCGUUAUAAACCUAGCAGCUCUUUUUGGAAACAUACUUCUAUGUAUUGCAUUCUUUCAGAACAACAAUCUACGAUCAGUGACAAAUAUAUUUGUUUUAACACUGACGGUGUGUGAUAUUGUAAUGUCCAUUACAUCCAUGCCUCUGUCGGAAGGUGCUCUCAUUGCUGGAGAAUGGAUCUUUGGGGACUUUCUCUGCCACUUUCAAGGAUUUCUGACCCUCUUUUUGGCAUUCCUUUCGCUUCAGAUGAUGGCAAUGACAGCAGUAAACCGCUACUUUCGAGUCAUAAAACCAGAUUUGUACAAAAAGGUCUUUACUACCGGCUACACUAUCCUGAUGAUAACCUCAGCUAGUUUACUGUCUCUUGGGAUCUUAAGCAGCAUCACAUUCGCGCAGCAUGGCAACUCAUUCAUAUUUCACCCUGGUAAGACCAUCUGUGUCAACGUAUACCGAAGCAUGUUGACAGCACAAGUAUACACCAUUGUUUCCAGUGCCUUGUUCGUGUUACUGCCUGCUGUAGUAAUCAUAUGGUGCUAUGCGAAGGUGUUUACUAGAAUACGAAAGCAUUUUCGUCGACUGGCCGCCAGGAAGAUAUCAAAGGCUUCUUUCAACAGUCUCAAUCCUGCAGAGAUUGUUGUCACCCGCACCCUGUUUGCAAUCGUCUUGGCUUUCUUCAUUUGUUGGAUUCCAUGUAUUGUCAUAGAUCUGAUGGAUAUUAUGAAGGAGAAAUGGUUCACCCGACGGGUAUACUUAGCUUACACCUACUUUGCUUACACCUCAAGUGCCAUAAACCCCCUUAUAUAUGGAAUAAUGAACAGGUCUUUCCGAGUGGAAUACUUAAAAUUAUUAAAAUGUCGUUGAAAACGAUAAGAACGGCCCGUAUAAACCAUGCUUUGAAAUGCAAUCAAUCCAUUAAACAUAACAAGUCAUAUUGUAGAGCUGAGAAUAGAGAUAUGACUUUCUUGCCUCUCAUCAAGGCGCAUCUUUAAUAUUUAUGCGUAAACCUCGGCAAGAGAGAGGUUUCAUAGGUUUUAAUACGGCAUAAAUACUGUUCGAUAUAUUUACUUUCCAAUUGAUCUGAAGAAAAGAAAGGAAACUAUAGGAAACAAUUCACGAUAAACGUUAACCGCCUAGGCGAAUUACAAGGUAGUUUAGUACCAAAAAAAAAACAGUUUGUCUUCGUGGAAAACUUGUAACUGACGUAGAUCUGUCAUUCUUAACGUUUAGAAAUGUAAAUUCUAUCUAAAUAGUUGUAUGUACCCAGCUGAAUAUCGCAUCUCUGGCUAGUUUUAGUAUAAGUGGUGUACUGUUCUUAAGAUGCCAAAGUAAGCUAUGGUGAUUCUUUUCAAGACGUCGCUACUCAUUAGUAAUUUAAAGCGUCCAUUUCGUGCCAUAUACAAAGUAAAACAAUGCCGAAAAUACGGGACUUAGAAAGAUU